AUGAUCGAAUUGGUAGCUAAACGCCCGCUGCCCCGUUGUUUGCUGGCCCGCCUGCGACUCGCCUGGGUCACACCCUUUGGCCCGGCUGCUUGUGCCCAAAUCCAUGAACAUGGGCCGAUUGUAAUAGUGGUUGCACUGGCUCUUAGAAUUCUGAUUAUGCUGAUGGUUUUGGCUGGCUGGAGGCUUAUUUCCUUAUCAAUUUGCAAACAAGCCCAAGUAAAUAGAAAACCCAAUCAUCAGCUUCCACACACCUGUUCGACUAAAUGCCUCUCUGAACAAACUAAUCACAGGUUCUUCGUGGAUGAUGUGCCCAUCCGGGUAUUCAAGAACAGCAAGGACAUCGGCGUUCGGUACCCAUUCAAUCAGCCGAUGAAGCUCUACUCCAGCCUCUGGAAUGCCGACGACUGGGCGACCCGCGGCGGCCUCGAGAAGACGAACUGGGCCAAUGCUCCCUUCAUCGCCGCCUACCGCGGCUUCCACAUCGACGGCUGCGAGGCCUCCACGAACGAAACAUUCUGCGCCACUCAGGGCCGACGGUGGUGGGAUCAGAACGAGUUUCGCAACCUCGAUGCCAAGCAGUACGACCGGCUCCGUUGGGUCAGGGAGAGAUAUACGAUCUACAAUUAUUGCACCGAUCGUAGCAGAUACCCGACGAUGCCUGCUGAGUGCCAAAGAGAUCGUGAUGUCUGAGCUUUUGAUUUGUAUGAGAAACGUGGUUGAGGCUUUUUGUUUAAAUUAGCCGAGAGAUUCAUAACUAUCUGUCCGACUAUUU